AUGCCUUCGACAGACAGAACACAUCCCCGAACCGGCGAAGAUGACUCGUUCAACGAUCGGCGAACACAUCCGCGACCGAGCCACGACCGAUCGAAUAGAGUGUUAGCAGCUGAGGAUUACAAUGUGGCUUGGAUUUGUGCCCUUCCUAUUGAGCAAGCAGCAGCAGCCGCCAUGCUGGAUUGUAGCCACAAGCCGCCAGUCCUAAGUCCUGAGGAUGUAAACAGCUACGCUUUGGGAAGUAUUGGCACCCAUAACAUCGUCAUCGCAUGUCUCCCAAGGGGCCAAUACGGCACACCCAUUCCUGGUAUCGCCGCCGCGAGCAUGUCACGCAGCUUCCCAUCCAUCAAUAUACGUCUCAUGGUUGGAAUUGGUGGUGGAGCUCCAACUCGAGGCGCAGAUGUCAGGCUUGGCGACGUCGUUGUCGGCGAACAGGUUAUCCAGUGCGAGAUGGGCGAAAAAGUGCCAAAUGGCAUGGUUUCUUGGACAGGCCCUUCCGCUCGACCCCCCCGAGCAAUUCGACUUGCCAUAGCAAAGCUUCGAGCAAGCCAUGCAAGAACCCAAAGCCAAAUACCAGAUAUCCUUCUUGAGAUGGUCCAACGCUCCCCGCAAAUGGCCACCUGGGCUCGCCCAAAAGUAGAAGAUAGGCUGUUUGAAAGCUCGAUCGCUCACGCGGACCAUAAGCUUACUUGCGAUAGCUGCAACAUAAUGGGGCUCCAGAUUAGACCUCGUCGAAUGUCAGAGGAACCUAUGAUACACUACGGGAAGAUAGUAUCUAGCACCCAACUUAUCGAAGACGCGAAUGCUAGGGAUAGGCUGUCGUCCAAACUGAGAGCCAUUUGGUUUGAGAUGGAGGGGAAAGUGAUGGUAGAUAUGUUUCCUUGUCUUGUCAUACGAGGUAUAUGUGACUAUUCAGACUCCCACAAGAACAACGUAUGGCAACGCUAUGCCUCUGCGGUCGCUGCGGCAUACACGGUGGAGCUUCUUUCAAUUAUACCUCAUGAGAAUCCCUUGCGAGAAUCGUCAGUAGACCGAACGAGUGCUCUGUUAAACUUGCUUGAUUUUAAAGAGAGAGAAAGUCGGCAAGUUAACAUCAAGGAUGCUCAAGCCGGAACCUGCGAGUGGAUUCUUAGACAUCCGUGUUAUCUCAAUUGGCAGGACCCAGGCACGUUCCAUGAGCACCACGGCUUUCUAUGGAUUAACGGGAAGCCUGGUGCCGGCAAAUCAACAUUGAUGAAAUUUUGUUUUACCAGAGCUCAGAGGCGCUGGAGUUCAGCCCCAGAUACGACGGUCAUAUCCUACUUCUUCAAUGCGACAGGAAGCCCAUUAGAAAAGACAGCGGAAGGAAUGUAUCGCUCGCUGCUUUAUCAGAUACUUCAAGAAUUUCCAGACCUCCAAUCAUCUUUUAACGAUCUGGACUCCCAGCAAAUGUCACCAGCAAAUCCGACAAUAGAGACACUUCAGGAUACAUUUGGCAGAAUUGUGCACAAUUUGGGUCACCGACGCUUGAUUUGCUAUAUCGACACUCUUGAUGAGUGCGACGAAGAAGAUCAGAUUCGUUCAAUGGUCAGAUUCUUCGACCAGCUGGGCGAGCUCGCAUCGCGAACCGAUAAGUUGCUCCAAAUAUGCUGUUCGGGCAGACUCUAUCCCCAUACCAGCAUUCAACACGGCCAGAUGUUGAUAUUGGAGGGUCAGCCUGGACAUACCGACGACCUGGUAAAAUAUGUACGUGAUAAAUUAAGAGUGGGAACAGGAAAAGCCGCCGAGGACAUUAUUGCCAAAAUACUUGACAAGUCAGCCGGUGUAUUCUUGUGGGCUGUUCUUGUGGUUGGCAUUCUAAAUGACAACUACCGCCAGGGUUAUGACUCCCUAAGAAGGCAGCUGAAAGAACUACCUGCAGGGCUAGGCCAGCUAUUAAAGCACAUAUUUUUGAGAGACAGGGACGAUAGGGAUUUCUUACUUUGCAUCCAGUGGAUUCUUUAUUCAAAAAGGCCUCUACGCUGUGAAGAGUUCUACUUUGCGCUCGCUUGUAGCCUGGACCCUUUAGAGAGCUUGGUCGAAUGGGAUCCGGAUGUUGUUACUCUUGAAAAGAUGCAUCAAUUCUUGUUGGGCUCGUCAAGGGGCCUUGCAGAAAUUUCCAACUCAAAAACCAACCGAACGGUUCAAUUCAUUCAUGAAUCAGUACGGGAUUAUCUUCUUGAAGGAGAUGGUAUACGCGACCUGUUGCCUGGCCGCUGGCAAGAUUUUACAGCCUCUAGCCAUCACCGUUUAAAAGAAUGUUGCUAUCAGUAUCUGAAAGUAAACAUCGAACAUUAUGUCCCGCUCACCUUGGACGUCCAUCUUGAAUCAAGAAAAAAUCGAAAAGAUAUACAGGCCAAAAUUCUGACCAAGUUCCCUUUCCUAGAAUAUGCAACUUCAUAUCUUCUGUGUCACGCAGAGGCUGCAACGCCGGUAAUACCAGAGCACGACUUUGUCCGGGAUUUUUGCACUGAAUCUUGGCUAAGACUUAGCAAUUUAUUUGCGAAGAAUGGAAACGUUUGCCACAGUCUAGACACGAGUCUGAUGUGUAUUUUUGCUGAAAAUAACUUUUUGGGACUCUUGCGGAUCGGAAUUGAACAGGGGCUUGAAGUUGGGGACUCUCUAAUUCCUGCUGCAGCUAACGGCCAUAAGGAGGUUACUAGACUUCUUAUCGACAAAGGCGCGGAUAUCGAUGCUUUUAAAGUCUCUGGUGAUACGCCUCUACUCUUAGCUGCAGCUAACGGCCAUAGGGAGAUCGUUAGAUUUCUUAUCGAGAAACGCGCGAAUCUCAGGGCUCAAAAACUCUCCGGCGAUACGGCUCUAAGCUUAGCUGCAGCCAACGGCCAUGGAACUGUGACGAAGCUCCUUCUUGAUAGGGGCGCUCAUGUCGAGACUCAGAAUAAUAUUGGCAACCGGCCCCUUCAUUUGGCAUCACAGGGAGGUCAUCAAAUUGUAGUCAGGUUACUUUUGGAGCAUGGAGCGGAUAUCAAUGGGCGCAACAACGCGGGCGAAACAUGCCUUUUCUGUGCCUCACAGACAGGAAGUGAAGCAGUGGUCAGAGUGCUUCUCGGAAACGGAGCGGAUAUUGCCGCAGUGGAUCAGAACGGUAACACGGCAUUCAUGUGCGCCUCCACGCCAGCCAUUGCGAACCUGCUAGCCAUCAACGAAGCAGAUACCAGUUUGCCUAACAAUAUACAGGCAUGGGAAGCAACCCCAAUGGCUCCAAGAAAUAGCCAUGAUGGUAUAACGAGGUCUCUCGUUGAGCACGAUGGAACGCAAACGGUGACUGCGGUACCUCCAACCGAUUCGGGAUACGCUUCUACUUCUCGGGGAAACAAAUUUGGGGACCCGAUUACCGAUCCUGCAUUCCAAGAGUCCACCAAUGAAUAUAUUGACGAUACGGACGCCACUAUAUAUUCCGAUGCAUCUAGCACAACAUUUUCCAGGGGAGAGUAUUAUAUUUCGGAGCUGGUGGGCCAUCUGGCCAGCGAGACUCGGUCUUUGCGCCUGAGCCAGGAGAUGCAGACCCGGAUCUUAGAAGCUUUACCUGAGAUGCUUAGAGUUUUUGCGUUGAAGAUUGGACAUGGAGCCUCUGAUAAGAUGCACAGAGAUGUCAUGGCCUCUGUGCACAAGCGAAGGCACGAGAUUGCUGCGGCUUUUGCGGACACUGGGUUCAGCCAAGAAUAUAUUAUCGAGGAGAAAAUUACAGACUCAAACGAUGAUUACAGGCAGGAACGCGUCAGCGAUUGGCUCAGCAGCGAGAACUUUGAACAAGCCGUACUAGAGGAAUAUCAUCCAGGCUCAGCCAAUUGUCAAAAUAUGCCCGAGCCUCCACAGCAGGUUCAGGAGCUGGACAAAUCGGACGAGGGCGAAGAUGUGACUGAGUCCUGGGUUCAGGACUACCGUGAGUUUAUAAUUACAACCCCAGCUUUCAAAUGGCUCCUUGCACGCUUACGAAAUGAAAUUCGCCUUGUUCCGAUGGAACCGUACAGUAUGGGAACAAUCGGUAAAGAAAUCAUGUCGGUACUCCCUUCUUCUCGUGUAAUUAGCAAGAAGAUGUCUUCUCAAAGUUACGGCGCAACAUUUGAGCUUGAGUGGGACGUAUUUGAAUUCUUCGAAAAGCAAGGGUACUCGAGGCCACCGCAUGAAGCAUUCCAAGGCGUUAUCACCUUGACUGGGUCUUCUUUGGACGCACAAGCCGCAACUUGCGCUCAGUAUCUAGGCCAGACUUGGCUUUCUACCGCGGAGGACAUGAUUGCUUUGAUGGAGGAGGUUCUUAAGGGAGAUCAGAGCGAUCCGGCACCACGCAGAUUAUCAGAUGGAACGACACUCCGAGUCUAUGUGAGGAAUUCCAAGUUUCUGGCGGAGAUUCACGGGCUUGCGGCCACCAUCGCGGAGAUCGGAGAACAACUUGCCUGGCUAGGAGCAGCUAUGAAGACUCCACCAGAACAAUGCGGCCUCUUCUGCUGUACACCAACGAUCAGUAUUCUGCAGAACAAUUCGGCCUUGUCUCAGGCCCAGCCCCGCUCAACUAGCGUUGGUUUCAAGAUCGAGUUCAAGAUGGAGAAGAUCCCGAUAUCGUUAGAUACUAAUGGCCAGUGCUGGCAGGCUGUUUUCAAAACCCCUGUCAUCGUGAGGGGAUAUCCGAUUCCUCAACGAGCCGAGUGGAACACAGGACUGGAGAUCCCUCUUGAUAUUAUGGCUAGGCUCGCUCAAGCACUUGAGAUUCAGCAGUUCAACGACAUGGUCUGCCUAAAAGGCUUCUCGACGAUGUUGGUCCCGAUCCGGCGCAGUGGGGAUAUCCUGUUUUGGCAUCUGCUUUAUAAAAGGGACGGAAGUCAAAUAUCAUAUUCCGAGAAUGAUCUGGACCACGAGCAAGAAGUCACUCACCUCGAUCUUCCAGAGGGCAAUCGCCAUGUGCUCGGAUGGUGUUCGAGAGCGAAGCUCGUGAUUGGUUUGUCUGUCAAGCACUCAAGGCUUGGGAAGCCUAAAGCAGACGGCGCUCUCACUGGGAAGACCGUCUGGCGGAGAAGAACCGUGGCGAUGAAGUCGGCCUUCUCUGUAGGUGCUAGGGAGUCGCCGGAGUUGUUUUCCAAUGGAUACGUCGAACGGCUGCAGUUGCUGAAACCUCGGCUCGUGCUUCUUUGGGAUAAGGACGGCGAACGAGGUUGGGUUGUGAGUGGAACAAUUGCUUUGCUACUUGCCUUGAAAGCAUUUCUGGUGGGUCCUUAUAAAGCCGCGUUUACUUUCAACAGCGAGGAUUUUCAAGACUCAGGCGGGCCUCUCACCGCAAUGUCCGCUUUUGAGACUUUGAGCAACGAUCACAACCAGAGGCUCCUUUUGUACAGCGACGGUACGACACUCAAGAGCAAGAUUGAGGAUUUGUGCAGCCUGCUAGAGCAUAUCAUCCAACAUCAAAAGGAUAUCGUGGGACCAUGUGGCACCAAACUGAGCAAUAAACCACGAGGAAAUCUUGAAGGCUGGGAGUUUGAAGAUGUGGCGGGGAUGGACCAAAACCCUUUGCAUCCGCGUGCCGCCGAGAUCAAGGACCACGGCAAAGGUUGGGUUGAUUUUACGAGGGCUAUCCAAGCUGUUACGCUGUUUGGGAGAGGCUUCGGUGAUAUCAUCCAGCCGGACGUGAAAACGUGCAGCAGAUGGGCCAGUUUGCCGACGGGCCGAUAUUACAUCGCUGUUUGCGUCUCUGAUCUGGACCGGGUGUUCAAAGAGCAUGGAUUUCUUAGUGACGGCCACAUCCGGCUCAGUAACAACUUGAUCUGGCAUACCCCGUCCGAACCCGUGUUCUGUCAAUGCCAGUAUGGCUCGAAGCAUAGUGGUUGUGAGCCUGUCCAAGCCGUUUUCCCCCUGUCUUUAUCACUGUCUGAAUCGUUACGUCCUCGAGGCGACAAAUUGCCAAAUGACGGCGCACUCAUUUUCGGGCAUAGCUCACAAUUCUCAUGGAUCUGGGACGAUUUGAAUCUUCCACAAAAAGGCCAGCUCAGUGAACCGGCCUUGAAGUCGCCUAAUGACAGUGGAAUUGGCUCAUCUCAUGUUUCGUCUUCUUCAAGUUCGGGGAUUCCAUCAAUGGAGUUCCCAAGCGGCGCCCAGAACAACCCUACGCUUCCUCGUGUCCUAGAACCAUCCUACCAAACAUAUCCCAAAAAGACUUAUACAGUGGCGAUUAUAUGCGCGUUGCCGAAGGAAUUAAUGGCAGUUCGGGCGCUCUUCGACGAGAACCACGGCCCGCCUGAGAAGGUCCCAGACGACGACCGGUACGUGUUUGGCAAGAUAGAACACCACAUGGUCGUCGCGACAAGCCUUGCCAAGUACGGAACCAAUGAAGCGGCGUGUGCUGCGACUACCAUGAAACACACAUUCAAUCUCCGAUUCUGCCUCCUAAUUGGGAUUGGGGGCGGCGCGCCUUCGCGAGACAACGAUAUUCGCCUCGGUGAUGUGGUUGUUGGCGUAGAAGUGGUUCAACAUGACCUGGGCAAAAGGGGGAGGGGAGGCUUUAAGAGGAAAGAACAGACUUUGCGGUGCCCGCCGGACUUCCUGAUGAACGCUAUCAGUACUAACAUAAAGGCAAAUCCGAUCCCACAAGGUGUUCAGAUUAGGCGUCACCUGGAUACGAUCUCUUGCAAUUUUGAGAUGUCUAAGUUGUAUUGCCAUCAAGGAGAGGACCAGGAUGUUCUUUUCCAACCAUGUUUCGAAUGCCCGUCGUCGAAUGAACCAUGCUCCCAAAAGGACCAGCAUCUGCCGUCGCUGCGAGAUCCACGCCUGACCCUUGAACCAAAGAUCCACUACGGAAGAAUCGCAUCUGGCAACCAAGUCAUCAAAGAUGCUGGUUUCCGCGAUGAGCAGGCGAUGAAACUCAACGCCAUAUGCUUCGAGAUGGAAGCCGCCGGAGUGGUGAACGUACUUCCUUCCCUUGUGAUCCGUGGCAUCAGCGAUUACUGUGAUGAUCAGAAGAACGACGUUUGGCAGGAGUAUGCCGCCGCUACAGCGGCGGCAUAUGCGAAACUUUUGCUUAAAGUCGUGAAGAAAAGAGAGAUGUCCGAUGAUUUUCGUUGGCACUAG